AUGAGUGGAGAAAAGAACUUGGACCAUGCUGAGAGCGUCCAGGAUGUUGAAGUUGCUCCGCAAGUCACGCAAGAGAGCUAUACUGGGAUAGAACUCAACACUCGCGAGAAAGCCCUGGUCUGGAAGCAAGACUUGAGAAUUGUGCCACUCUGCGCGGGCAUCUAUCUUCUCUGCUAUCUGGAUCGUUCCAACAUAGGAAAUGCCAAAAUCCUCAACCAAGACACCGGCAACGAUCUCCUCUCGGAGACGCAUAUGACUUCGUACCAGUACACUGUCGCGCUCAUGGUGUUCUUGAUCGCGUAUGCGCUGUUCGAAGUGCCCUCCAAUUAUCUGCUUAAAAAGUUGAAGCCCAGCAGAUGGAUCGGAUUCCUCAUGCUGUCCUGGGGAGCUACCACAAUGGGCUUGGGCGGCUCGCACAACUUCUCCCAAGUGACUGGUAUUCGGUUCCUGCUCGGAGCCACGGAGGCCGGCCUUUUCCCCGGACUCGUCUACUACCUGACCUUCUGGUAUCGCAAUUCAGAGCGGUCCAUGCGCGUCGCUCUCAUCCUAGCAUCCGCCACCCUCGCGGGUGCUUUCGGCGGUGCCAUUGCGUACGGCGUAGGACAUAUGAACGAGGUCCGCGGGCUAUCAGCAUGGCGAUGGCUGUUCAUCAUCGAAGGCGCUCCGUCGUGUGCCUCGGCAUUCCUCGUUUGGUUCUUCCUCCCUGACUAUCCCGAGUCGGCGUCGUGGCUCAGCCCGGAAGAGAAGGAUCUUGCUAUCCACCGAUUGAGAGAGGAAGGCUCCCAUGGAGCGGCCAAGGCCAUGAGCUGGGAAGAAGCAAAGGAGAUCCUGACGGAGUGGAGACUAUACGCGCAUUAUAUAGUAUAUUUCGGCAUCUCGACCCCCUUCUCCAGUCUUUCCCUCUUCACUCCUGCCAUCGUUAGUGGCCUUGGAUAUGAGGAUCUGCGGGCCCAACUCAUGACAGUACCGCCAUGGGCUGCUGCCUAUGUGGUGACUACUGUCGUUGCAUGGUCCGCCGACCACUUCAACAGCCGUGGUCUGCACUCCGCCCUCUUUGCCUUUAUCGGAGCCAUGGGCUUCCUCGCAUCGGCUGUCCUUCCCGCAGACGCAUACUUGCACCGAUACGGCUGUCUUGUAGUCGCAGCAAGCGGCUCCUUUGCCUGCAUCCCGCCAUUACUCGGCUGGCUAUCUGCCAAUAUCCGCUCGACAGCAGGGACUGGCCUAGCCAUUGCAUUGAACGUGUCAUUCGGGGCGCCGGGACAAAUCGUAGGGGUAUGGAUAUACAAGUCCGACGAGGAGAAGAAGGGUUAUCCGACGGGACACUGGACGAAUGCGGCGCUGCUGCUGAUGGUUACGGUGGGGUGUAUUCUGCUGCGACUGUAUUAUGGAUGGAGGAACAAGGGGACCAAGGGUGGUGAAAGGUUCGCCUAUUGA